GCCCUAUGGGAUGACUUUAGCCCAACAGAAAUUUUUGUUUAAAAAUGGUGUAAAAUUGAUACCUUGAGGUAUGUUGUUGAUGUUUAGUAGCAAAUUGUGGGAAAUUUAUUAUUUAUUUAGUUUAACUUAGUUUACUUAACUCGAGCCUUUGUGAAAUUAUUGUAAAUUGCACUUUAGAAAAAGCACCUAAAAUCUGAAUUUUUUUAGGUGUGUAAACUUUUACAUCGAUAGCAGUACCUGUUGAAGGUUUUUUAUUGGAAUAUACACUAAAUUAAUUUUAAACCAUUAGUGUUUGAUUCUAUCUUGUAUUGAAAGCUUAACAGUUUAUUACUUUAUUAUUGAGGUUAAAAAAAAAUAGGUUGUCUUUGGCCCACUACAUAGAGUGACAUUGGCCCGGGCUAAAGUUACCCCAUUUAUUAGAGUAAACCUUUUUUAGUGAUCAUUUAUAGAUAUUAUGGUAGUUACUAUGUUGGAAUGAAAAAUUUUGUAGUAGUAAUGCAAUAGAAAAUCAGUAUAACAGUUUGUAUUAGUAAAUCAGUAUAAAAUUAUAGUGAAACUUGUUUAGUUCUUAGUUUAAAUAUGCCAAAAAAUUACAAGCCAAAUCGUGGAAGAAAAAAAUGUUACUUAUACUUUAGAACAGUUAGACAAUGCAUUAAAAGAUUUAAAGAAUGGUUUAAUUACUCAAAGACAAGCAGCUUUGAAAUACGAUAUACCAAGAUCAACAUUAAAAAAUAAAAUAAAACAGACAUAUCUUAAAAAGUAUGGUGGUCAGCAAAUAUUUACAUCAAAAGAAGAAGACAUGUUUAAGGCAUAUGCAAUAAAAUUAUCUGAGUUUGGUUUUCCUGUUGAUAAAUAUAAUUUAAGAUGCAUAGUAAAAGGGUAUUUAUACCUCAGAAGUAUUUAUACCAUAGAAAAAGGCGUCAUCAUACCUCAGUUCAAAGAUAAUUUUCCAGGUGGUGAUUGGAUUUGAUCUUUUUUAAAAAGAAAUCCAGAAUUCACAGUAAGAUUUGCAAGCAACAUAAAGCGAAAGAGAGCAGAAAUAGGAACGACUGUGAUUGAUAACUACUUUAUAAAUCUAUCAAAUGAAAUAAGUAAUAUAUUACCUGAUAAUAUAUGGAUCUAUGAUGAAACCAAUCUCAGUGAUGAUCCAGGUAAAAAAAAAAUAUUAACAAAGCGUGGAUGUAAGUAUACUGAACGCAUCAUUAAUUCUACAAAAACCUUAUUUUCUGUAAUGUUUUGCGGUAAUGCUAAUGGUGAAUUGCUACCACCUUAUGUUGUUUACAAAGCUGAGUUGUUAUGGAAUACAUGGAUGGAACAUGGGCCACCAAAAGCACGUUAUAACAGAUCAAAAAGUGGUUGGUUUGACUCAACAUGUUUUGAGGACUGGUUUUUCUCUUUACUUCUUCCAAGAUUUAAGAAGGCUCAAGGAAGAAGUGUCAUUAUCGGUGAUAAUGUAUCUUCACAUUUGAGCAUUGCAGUACUGGAUGCAUGUCAAAACAAUAACAUAGGAUUUGUGGCAUUACCAGCAAACUCUACACAUUUCACGCAGCCAUUAGAUGUUGCCUACUUUAGACCUAUGAAGAUUAACUGGCGCAAAAUAUUAUGUGAAUGGAAGGAGAAAGGAAAAGAAAGGAGAGUUGCUUCUCUUCCUAAAGAUGAUUUUCCUAGACUUUUAGACCGUUUAAUUACCAACUUAAAUGAACAUGGGAAUGAUAACCUUAGAGCUGGUUUUCUCAAAACUGGAAUUUUUUCAUUAGACAAGUCUCAAGUGCUUUCACGACUACCAUGUUGUAAUGUAGGUUUAGACUCAACUACUGAUUUAGUAAGCCAAUCAUUUUUAGAUCAUUUAUGUAAGUCACUAGAUGAUCCCUCAGAUGGUUCUGAAAAACCUAAGUGACGUAAAGUAUGUACUGUCCCAGGUAAAAGCUUAUGUUCAACAGAUAUAUCAUUGUGUGUUAUAAAUGAAAAUAAUAGAUUAAAUUCAAAUAAUGUAGAUACACCUAUCAGUAUUAUAAAUACAAUUGAGACCAACAGCAUUGAUUUUGCUGGCCCAAGUACAAAUACUGGAACUACUAAGACUUCUAAUCUAAUUUUUGCAGAUGUAAGUUUAGUUGUAGAAAGUCAUAUAAAAUCUUUAGAUCAUUCAGCGUUAGGCAAAAAGAACUUUCAAAAUAUUGAUAAAACAAAAAAUGUUUAUAAAAAGAAGAAAUUAUUAAAUCUUGUAGAGAAUUGUUAUGUAAUUGUUAAAUGCAAUGGAGAGUUAAAUCCUGGACAGUUGAAAAAAUUAAGAAAAAAUGGAGCAGAAAUUACUAUUAUGAAAAAAAAUGGACUUAACUGAAAAUGGUCACUACCAGCAGAGCAACUUUUUUUUCCAUAGUCUGAAAUAGUCGAUUUUAUUGAGGAACCAAAGAAAAUUUCGAAAAGAGGAAUUUAUUCAGUUCCAGAACUUUUUCACUAAGUUUUUUAAAACAUUAUUUUUGUCAUUUUUGUUUACUUUAUACCUAAACUGUUUUGUUUACUUGGUACCUAUACUUGUUUAGUUUGUACCUAUAUUUUAUUUACUGUACACAAGAACUUUGUUACUAAAUCUUUUUUUGUCACUUUAUUUUUGUAAAUUUAUUUUCUUUGCCUAAAUAUUGCUGUUUUUAUUGUAGUUUUGCUUCCUUUAGUUCCUUUUUACAGGGUUGGGCUAAAGUCACCCUAACACAUAGGGCGACUUUGGCCCACCAUUUAAACCACCCAAAAGAUACUUCAGGUAAAUAAUUUUCAAAUGGGAGACAGAUAGUUUUAACUGUCCUUUCUAUGUGCUUCUAAAAGUACUUAGUGUUUGAGGAAAUAACUUUUGUAGCUUUCAUGCAAUAGACAUUA